CCAUGUGCAAGUGCACAGUGGAAAAUCCUAUACAAUACAAAAUGCUAAAACAUCACACAGUGGAAAUUACGGAUGUCAGACCAGUACUGGAGAAAGAAGUGACCCCGCUAGACUGGAUGUUAGUAAUGAUUAUCUCAUCCUGCAGACCCCUCUAUAUGUCUAUGAAGGAGAUGCGAUGACGUUACGAUGUCACCACUGUCCUGGAUAUGGAGGAAGACAGACAACGUUUUACAAAGAGAACAAAGACAUUACAGACGGGAGCACUGAUAAGGAAUUUAAUAUUAGUAAUGUAGACAGGACAAGUGACGGGAAAUACAAAUGUACAAAAGAAGUCUAUUAUCGUUCAUCGUCUGCAUAUGGAGCUGAAGCUUCUGUAUCUGUAGAAGAGCUGUUCACAACUCCGACCAUAAAAGUGACCCCACAUCCUGUUUUUGAGAAGAAUAACAUGACCCUAAAAUGUGAGACAAGUCUCUAUCCUUCCAGACAAAACACACAGAUACAAUUUGCUUUCUACAUAGGAGGACGAGUUGUUCAGGGAUUUGGUGACAAGGACAUCUAUGAUGUCUCCAUGGUACAGCUGGAGCAUUCUGGGAAAUAUUCAUGUGAAGUGCAAACCACAGAUGGAAGAGUGAGGAAGAGAAGUGCAGAGGAACCAAUCCAGAUAGAAGAGCUAUUCUCACAUCCAAAUAUAAAAGUGACCAGUGAAUUUUUCGAAGGAGAUGCCUUGACCCUGACCUGUCCCACAACUCUUAAUCCAUACACAAAGCCUACAGAAGUGCAGUUUGCCUUCUACAGAGAUGGACAGAUGGUAGGGGAAUUUGAUUCAUCUAAUAAGUAUGAAGUUCAGACGGCUCACCUGGAGCAUUCUGGGAAUUAUACCUGCGAAGUAAAAUCCUUAACACACCCUACAAGGAAGAUCAGUAAUUGGUCUAAAAUAUUGGUAAAAGAGAGUUUAUCAUCUGGAGACAUCAAGAUCAACCACAGCCUCACCAGGAAUGAUACUUGUGCACUAGGUUUGUUGUGCGUCGUGGACAAACGAGAUGUGACUAUAACAUGGAGUACUGCACAGAGCGGCCACAUUAAUAUGACCGGAGGGGUCCUGUAUGUACCUCCCAGUGAUGUGAACCUCAACUAUACCUGCACCGCACGUAACCCUGUCAGUAAUGUCUCCAAGACUGUGAUCCCCGGGGAAUACUGCAGGAAAGAUUCUUCCUUGACAAGAAAAAACCAUAAGGAUCUCGGUAGAUUACAUAUGAUACGUUGGGUGUUAUCCGGCGUUGUGUUAUUCAUCACCUGCUGUGUCUUUAUUCAUCACGUAAAGAGUGAAGUCAUACAACCCUCUGGUAGAUGCUGAAGACAUUUAUUCCAUUAAGUGUGCCUUAUUGGAGGAAAGUGACUCUCUGUUCUCAAAGUUAUUUUCUUAUUCUACUAUAAAGCAGAAAGAAGACAUUUAGCAUUUCUUUAUCUUUCACUGUGCUUGGUAUCGGAGCUCAGCUCUUUUCUCUUCAAUGGGGCUGAGCUGCACCUAGGCCAUGUGACCAGUGAACGUGACGUCACAUGUCCUAGGAAAGCCGGAGAAGGCCGUGGCACUACUGCGAGUGCCGAUGCUUUCUCACACAGCUGAUCUGUGGACCCCCACCAAUCAGAUACUGAUGGUCUAUCUAGAGGAUAGAAUUCCAGAAAACCCCUUUAAUAGUUAAAAUUUUUGGAUGUGAGGAUGCUUUUUAUGUUUAUUUUUUAUUGUCUUUUUUAUAUAAAAUUGUGAAAGGGGAUGAUUUUUUUAAAUAUAUUAGUUUUUCUAUAAACUUUUUUCUUUUUUUUCUUACUGUCAUUUUUAUUCCCCUUAGGGGACAUCAACAUGCAAUCUUUUGUUUACUUGUCUCAUAGACCACAAAAGAAUGCUAUGGAAUUUUCACAGGUUGCCUGUCUGGCCGCAAUUUUCAGGCAGCUCAGUAUAACAGCACUGGGAGCCUUCACAAGACCCCAGCUUGUCAUGGUAAAUGAUUGGAACCCCAUGAUUUUGCCGUGAGAGCUCCGAUCUGGGGACCGGAGGAACGCCACUCCUUCUGUCUAACCCCACAGAUGACACAAUCAUUAUUGACAGAAGCAUCUGAGGGGUUAAAUGAAUGAGAUCAGAGUCAUCAUACAGCUUGUACCCGUCGUCUAUAGAGUAAGCUCAGUAUGUGAGCUCCAUGUACAGCAUUAUGCAUAAAGGGGUUAAACAAAUAAUAUCAAUAGCAUAAUUCGGUGGAAUACUGUAUGACAUAAAUAAAGAACUUUUGACAGCGAUACGUUGUGUAGUUUUAUAAUGGGCCCACUUUGCCCAAAAAAUAAUAUUGAAAUCCAAAUUAAUGCUCAAGAUUUUACAGAAAUUAAGGAAAGUAAUUAGUCCUUGUACGCCAUUUAACCCCUUAGUA